UUAAGAAGCUGACAAGAGAAGAACCAAGGACACCAUAAAUAUCUACAUGUAUGUGUUUUAGAAGUAUUUUUUUUAAAGGUUGCUGAGCAAGGAGAGAAUUCUUCUUCUUUUCUGUACCAAAUGUCAAGUUCUCCAAAAUUAAAACCACCGAACUGGACAAUUGGUCUUUUCUCCUCAAAAAAGGACCUUCACGAUAAGGAGAUACCUCUGGAAAUGAAUGAAAAUACAACGAACACACAUUACGAGCCUGUGAAUUUGCCACAGACAUUGAACAGCAAUGGACAACGGCCUCAGGAACGAAAUGCCACCACAUUCGAACUUAAACGGGACGUUCUUAUUAAGACUGAAACUCUCCGGCCGGCCGUGAAUCUGGAUCCACGAAUGUCCAUUUAUAGUGUCAGACGACCCUUACUUUCAAGAUCAAACAUACAAGGCAGAGUUUAUAACUUUUUAGAGAGACCUACGGGAUGGAAGUGCUUUGUCUAUCACUUUACAGUGUUCCUUAUUGUGCUGAUAUGUCUCAUAUUCAGUGUCCUUUCAACAAUCCAGCAAUAUUCGGGUUUGGCCACAGAAACGCUAUUUUGGAUGGAAAUUGUUCUUGUGGUUUUCUUUGGAGCAGAAUAUGUGGUUCGAUUGUGGUCUGCAGGAUGUCGCAGCAAAUACGUUGGAGUAUGGGGAAGACUACGCUUCGCUCGGAAACCAAUUUCAGUGAUUGAUUUAAUUGUAGUUGUUGCCUCCGUGAUCGUACUCUGUGUCGGAUCUAAUGGACAGGUUUUUGCCACAUCCGCAAUACGGGGGAUACGCUUUCUGCAGAUACUGCGGAUGUUGCAUGUUGACCGUCAAGGUGGAACAUGGCGAUUGCUGGGAUCAGUGGUGUUUAUUCACAGACAAGAACUUAUUACAACACUGUAUAUUGGAUUCCUGGGUCUGAUUUUCUCUUCAUACUUUGUCUACCUGGCUGAAAAAGAAGCCGUAGAUGAUUCGGGGCAGUACCAAUUUGGCAGUUACGCAGAUGCUCUCUGGUGGGGAGUAGUCACUGUUACAACGAUUGGUUAUGGAGACAAGGUUCCGCAGACCUGGAUUGGGAAAACCAUUGCCUCUUGCUUUUCAGUCUUUGCUAUAUCAUUUUUUGCUUUGCCGGCGGGAAUCUUGGGCUCCGGUUUUGCCCUAAAAGUGCAGCAAAAGCAGAGACAAAAACACUUCAAUAGACAGAUUCCGGCUGCCGCCUCUCUCAUUCAGACAGCAUGGAGGUGCUAUGCGGCUGAAAAUCCAGAUUCUGCAACGUGGAAAAUAUAUAUCCGGAAACAAUCUCGACAUCACAACAUAAUGUCACCCAGUCCAAAACCCAAGAAGUCUGUGAUGGUUAAAAAGAAGAAAUUUCGUGUAGAACGAGAGGAAGGAUCUACAGACAAGAUGUUGAAUGUUCCACAUAUAACAUAUGAUCAUGUUGCUGAUGAUCGUAAAAAUGACAGCUACUCCGUGGAUGCAUACGAGAACACAGUAAGAAAACCCUUUGGGCUUUUAGAUCUAAAUUCUGGCCCAUUUAUCCGAACAAGUAGCUUUACAGAUGACUUGGAUAUGGAAGGAGAUACGUUGCUUACGCCAAUAACUCACAUCUCCGAACUUCGAGAACAUCACCGAGCAGCAAUAAAAGUAAUUCGCCGAAUGCAAUACUUUGUCGCAAAGAAAAAAUUCCAGCAAGCAAGAAAACCAUAUGAUGUGCGUGAUGUUAUUGAACAAUAUUCUCAAGGACACCUUAAUCUUAUGGUCCGAAUCAAGGAGCUGCAGAGAAGAUUAGACCAAUCGUUGGGGAAGCCCUCGCUCUUUCUCUCUGGAUCAGAUAAAGUGAAAGAUCGAGGAAACAACACCAUUGGCUCACGGCUGAACCGCGUGGAAGAUAAGGUGACCCAGAUGGACCAUAAACUUAAUCUCAUCACCGACAUGCUUCAUCAUCUGGUUUCUAACCAACAUGGAGGCCAAACAAGUAGAUCUCCUCAUCGGAGUAACUCUAUAAACUCUGAAAGCCACCUUUCGAAUAACUCCCUUCCUACAUAUGAACAGCUUAGGCGAUAUCAAGACAAUGUAUCUUGAUAAAUGUAUAAUUGUGCUGCUACUUGCAAAUACACAUUGACAUUUGUUACUAUAGACCUGGGUUAAAAACUCUAAUCUAAAUAGAUAUUCAUUGUUUUAAUGAAUGGAUUUUAAAAUGGAAUGGAAAACACUGAAUAAUGAUAAAAAUAGACUGAAUUUCUUAUACUAAAAUGUAAUAUUCAUUAAAUGUCCCCCAUGCCUUAUCAAAGGUGGGGCUGGUUUCCUGAAAUUCCAUUUUUGGGAGAGAAUGGAGACGUGACAGAAUCCGGUAAAAAGCCUUAUUUGACGAAUGUAGAUUUCUGCUGACCGGAGGAAAAAAAGAGAAUGCUGGAUUCAAAAUGCGAUUGAUGGCGCACCUUGUGCAUUUAACUAUUUGUGUUAAAAGAUCAUUAUUUUUAACAUAGGCUAAUCUGUUUAACGCUGCACUGUAACUUCGUUUCCUGUGACAUUGAAAUCUUAAGCAUUAAUUAGAAAUGAUGAAAAGGGUCAAAGGAAAAACAAAUAUUUUUGGUCUUUGCUGACAACACUUUGUUGAUUUUCUUUAGAUAGCACGUCCGAGGUGGCAUUAAC